UAAGAAACAAAUAAUAAUAAAUUAACAAACAUAGAUUGCAAAAUGGAGUCGUUGCAGCAAUCAUCUGGAAAGAGUGAAGUCUACCAUGAAAGGAAGAAAAAUGAUAGAGAUAAAAAGAGGCAACUAGAGAUCGCUAUUGUAGCCAAACAAGAUCAAGUCCUGACUAAACUCCCCCGGUGUUUUCCAAGGAAAGGAUGGGAAUGUUUUGCUUUUCGAGGUGGCUAUCUUCAAAAUUAUUAUUUGAUUAGGCAAAUGUCCAGGCUUAAAUGAGAUAUCUGAGAGAUAGAAAAAAUAUCUAUUAUUAUUUCAAAGAAGUCAGAUAUCAGCAAAUAUGCAGACUUGAUACAAAAUUUGUUUCCCAUGAAAUGCAAUAGUUUGAUAGUAAAAUAAUUCAAAUUGGUGCAUGACUCAAUGGAACUUUAAGAAAUACUUCAAAAAGAUUUAUCCAACUUUGUGUUUUGUCACUACAGAGUUUCGCUUAUACGAUUCUAUUCUUGAAACCAAAGAUGUUGCAAGAAUACUUUCAUGAUGAAGGCAUCUAGGCUUUCUCUCAUUUCAAAAGUGAAGAAUCAUACCUCAAACUUGAACUUUGCCGAAGAUUACUGGAAUUAAACUGAAAACUCUCAAAUUUGCUCAAUGCAAGCCAAUAGACAAUGAUUCACUCAAAGAAGCUUUGUAUAGUGUGUUUCAGAAUCUGAUCAACUUAAUAUUGAACUCUACAUUUACAAUGAGCCUGGAGUAUCUCCAAUACAGUGUCUCUUCUAAUAUAUUCAGCCAACAGGAAAUAGCCAAAGAGUUCAAUUGCCCUUCAGCUCAAAUAUUAGUUUCCAAAGGCCAGCGUUCAGUCUCCAUAUCCUUCAAUCCGUGAUUCAAUAAUUCUAAUUCAACUUAA